CGUUUGAGGCGACAAGCGUCGGCGCCGGGCGUUCGGCGCUCCGGAGGCGUCGGCCGCUUGACUGCGUUAUCAGUAGUAGUGCCGUCGUCCGCGUGAGCAGGUGAAGGCCUUCGUCACAAUAGCAGCCCGACGACCUGAGGGUCCUCGCCCGGCGUAAAAUGGGCACGUAAGGGCGCGACACAACAGGGCCUUGAAUACUCACCCUCAAGCCCGCCAACUUCACGUUAUUCAUCCCUUUUCCACCCCCGCCGCCGUCGUCGUCGUCGUCGUCAUCGUCGUCGUCGUCGUCGCCGCCGUCGCCGUAAUCGCCCGCCCCCGCGGUUUAGCGGGCAACGACCAAUGAGUACGCUCGGUACAAGUACAAACUGACUAACGGGCGAGAUACAGAGAGAUCGCGAGAUAAAUCGAUCUAUGUCGUUUGGCGAUCGAUAGAAAUGGCGGAACCGUGGGCGCGCGUGGGCGCGACCUAAUCGCAAUUGACGGAUCGAUGUAACGCUCGCUGCGUCCCGCAGGCGAAGACAAUCGUAGUUGUUUAAAUAGUCACCGAUUUAAGACGUAAAUAGAGAUACAUAGAUAUAUAUUAUAUGUAAGAGCAGAUAUAUAUAUACACACAGAUAUAUAUAUACACCCAAAAAGUAUAGGUUAUAAAAAAGAAAAUCACAAUCUCUAUAUAUUAUUUGUUGAGGACGUCGAUCAUUGUAUAUUAUAUAUUGACUGCUUGAUCGCCGGAUCGAUUGAGCAUAUCAAGUAUAUAUCUAUAUAUCAAGUAACACGAGUACCUUGAGCGGGCAAUAACCGAAGAUCGGGAGAGAACGCAAGCACAAGAUCUUCGAGAAACAGAACCUGAAUCCGGAGAUCCGAUCUCGAGAGAUUUAAAAAUCUACUAGUGGAAGAUCUAUACGGUGGAAUCCGAGCGCUCGAGAAAGAGAGAGAGAGAGAGCCGUACAACGACUAAAGAGGGAACCUGCAGGUUGGAGAAGAGUCCCUAAACCAGUCAGCGAGGCCUGGCGAUAUCGAAACAAAACUAUACAAAACGUUGCGAGGAAACAAAGUUAUAUUUUCGGAGGCGCGGAAAUGGUGUCCCCGUUGGACGCGUGAGGAUCCGGGGCGAUGAUCGCCACCUAAAACGCCACUUGUCGAACUCGUGAAACGUCCUCCUCUUCUCCACCUCCUUCCUCUCCCCAGCAAGCAUGAAUCUCGAGGUGGAGUUGAUCGCGGGGGUCAUCAAAGGCGGCCCGCCACCCGCUCAUCUGCCGGCGCCGAGGCUCAUCAAGAUAUUCAUCGCCGGCGAGAGGGAUGACUUCCCGGAGGAGCGCAAACAGCUGCUGGAGGUGGUCGGCCCGGAGCUGCAAUCAAUUUACGAUGAUAUGGGAAUCGAGGUGCUCCUGGUGGACAUGCAGUACGGUACCAGCGACGACCCGGACGCCGACCCGCAUCUGGCGGGCUACUUCCUGGAAGAAAUAAACGCGUCCCACCGACAUUCCAGGGGAUGCUUUCUCCUGCUGUUGACGGGAACAAAUUAUACCGUAGGGUGGGUACCAACGGAAUUGAAAGAGGCUACCUACCGAACGCUUGUCGCGCACUGCGCCCUUCUUAAAGAUCAUUACGAGCACAAUGGGCACUCUUAUGUUUUGAAUGCAAAUAGCGUGCAGACCACUCAGCGGGAAUGGCAAAAGGAUCAGGAACCGAAACUGCGCCAGGCGUUAAAGACCGCUGCGGAACGCGCGUUGGCGGAGCAACCGGAUAACCAGGAAUUGAAGUACAUAUUGAAAAGCACGGCGGAACGACAGCUGGACUACGGCCUAAAUCUAGACCAGCAAGGCUUGGGAAUAAUGGCCGUGAUUCGCGAGUGGACGGGCGACGAUGCGCCAAGGUGCACGGCCGCCGCCGAGGGGCUCAAGACCCGCAUCCAGACCACCCUGCCUCACGAAAAUGUUCUGCAUUUUAACGUGGAGCACCGUAACGGCUGCGUGAUCGACGCCGACUGCGACGCUCACGAUGAGUAUCUUGGAAAGCUACGGGAAAUGAUGCUGGAUAGGAUCCAGCAGCUGGUGAACGCGUCCGUCGAAGCUGAUCCGGAAGAAGCUGAUCCGGAAAUCAAAAGUCGCAAGAAGAUGGUACAAGAGGUCUACGCCGAGAGUAUGGCGCAUUUCGCGCUGCUUCGAGAAUUACCGCUGGCUGACGAGAGCGACGAGAUCGUAGAGCGAGUUAAACGACUUAUCCUUGCAGGCAAGGAGCAGAAGCACGGGCCGAUUCUAAUCUAUGGACCCAAGUCCUCCGGAAAAUCGUCUAUCCUUGCGCGCGUCUACCAGGAUUCGCCUGACUGGCUUUCGGCGCCGACGCUCCGCGUCGUCCGGCUGUGUACCUCGACACCUCGAUCCGCCUAUAGCCUGGAGCUCCUCCGCAUCCUUUGCCAGCACAUCGGCUUCCUCUGCGGAGAUAACGAUGGUAAUCUACCGCGCGAUGCCUCCUUCGACCCUCUCUACCUCAACAAUUGGUUCAGUCUCAUUAUACGCCGCCUGGAGGAGCAUCCCCUUCCGGACCAAUUAAUUAUUCUCCUCGACGAUCUUCAUCGCUUUCAUCCGCUCGAGUGCGAUAUCGUCGCCGCCUUGUCCUGGUUACCGCUCACUCUUCCUCCGGGUGUUCACUUUGUCGUCACUUCCGCGCUUCCGCCCGAGGGAAUGCGCCUCACUCCGCUGCAAAAGGAUCGUCUACGUAGCCCCGAUAUUCUCAUCGAUCUCUCCGGGCGUGUGUGCGCGACGCCAGGCGUCGACGCGGUUCUGGAGCGCUUGGAGGAACUCGUCGGACUCGGCGCAGCUAAUCGGAUUGCCUCAAUUCUCGCUUGCACCGAGUACGGCUUGUCGGAAACAGAGAUACUCGAAUUGAUUAUGCCUACCGGAGGAGAAGAACCUUUGCUUUUAGAGGAGAACCAAUUUAACUUUGCGACUUGGUGCUUAGUCAGGAGGACGUUCGCGCCGUGGCUCAAAGUACGAGUUAUCAGCGGUCGAUUGAUGUUUUCCUGGCGCGGGCAAUAUCGCGAAGUCGUUCUCAGAAAGUAUCUCUCGAAUCAAGACGUUUCUCGCGGUUACCACGCGGAAUUGGCCAGUAUCUUCUUCUCCGAGGACGGCGACGAUAGUUCUGAGAAAUCACCGGAGAAUCCAGCAGCCUCUUCGUCUCCUGUCAAAGAAACGCCAUUUCAAAGUGCGCCACAAACCCAGGAUGUCACAUACACACUUCGACACGUCGAAGAAGCGUGGUUACAUCUUUUGCGCGCUUCCGACGUCGACAAACUGAAGAAACUGGCUGUCUGCGCAUUUGAUUUUCUUCUCGCCAGCGCCCAGAUGAUCUCCGUAAGCUACCUGCGAUGCGUUCUCGAGCACGCCCGACGAUAUCUCCUCGAGCGCGACUUGGAGCUCGUGUAUUACGCCGUGAGAAAAUCCAGCGAUGUCCUUACCAGAGAUCCGCUUCAGCUUGCUGCGCAGCUUAUCUGCUGGUUAAGACCAGUCGCCGAAGACGGCGGUGAUCUCGUCAGUAGAAUGGUCAUGGCGGCUAUGGCUUGGUGCGACGGUUACACUGCGCCUUUGCUCGUGCCCUUGAAUGGAUGGCUACAACCACCUUUGCCACUGCAAAUCCGGGCGAUUACGUGUCCUCAGGGAGUUAAAUUGAUCGAAGCGGCACCAUCUGGCCAGCAUGUAGUCGUCGUGCCACCGCAGGGAGAUGCUCAGUUAUGGCACGUGAUGUCCGGUCAGCUUGUUCAUACAUUUAAAGGACACUCCAGUCCAAUCUCGUGUUUAGCGGUUACUCAUCAAUCUCAAUAUCUGCUGACCGGCUCCGAAGAUACUUCGAUUAUCGUUUGGGACAUGAAGGAUCUCGUUAUGAAACGUCGGAUUUGCGAGCACAUCGCACCGAUUCUCACUUUAACUACGGCACUCAACAACUCUGUUAUCGUAAGCGGUGGUGAAGAUUCCAGAAUUAUCGCUACAAGUUUGCUCACUGGCGAGGUUCUGAUGAAGGUUGAUCAUCACCGAGGCCCCGUUACCACUAUUCGAGUUGAUUCCGCUGGCGAAGUCUUGGUUUCUGGUUCUGUCGACGGAACUGUGUGUCUUUGGUCUUUGGAAAGCUUCAGUCUUCUCAACAGCAUCGUUCUCCCUUCACCGGUGGUCAUGCUAGACGUAUCUGCAGAUUCAGUUUUUCUUCUAGCCGCUUGCGAAGAUCAGAAGCUUUAUCUAAGAUCUUUAGCAACGGGCACGGAGAUACAUACACUUAGGGGACAUCAAGGUCCAGUUAAGAGUCUUUGUCUGGCAAAAGAUUGUAGAAGAGCUAUCGCCGGUGGUGUUGAAGGCAGAGUAUCCGUAUUUGAUAUGCACAGUGGAAAGUUGAUCAGGACUUUGCCCGCUAAUCCGUCGGCGAACGUUACUUCGGUCAAGGUAACUGAGAAAGAUGACUUUCUGAUAACUGGCGGAGGAGGUCGCGUGACUUAUUGGAGCUUCCGCGGUGAGGAACCACCACCGAAGCCGCAGAAACCUGGGAAACAGGAUUCUCUGCAGCCCCAUACUGCACCGAUAUCCUGCUUGGACAUCUCUAGGGAUGGCGCAAUGGUGGUUACCGGCGGUGUCGAUUCUCUAGUCAAUUUAUGGCAGCUCAAUACUCACGAAUUGUUAUCUACCAUGGAAGGGCAUAUCGCCAGCAUCACCUGUAUCGCAUUUUCUGCAUCAGGACUCUUUGUCGCAUCUGGAUCUGAAGACAAGACAGUCCGCGUGUGGGGUUUAACUCUAGGGCUUGUCGUGGCUACGUUCAGGCAUCAGGCGCCGGUAACUGCCGUUACCGCUAUGCUAGAUGGAAGAAGAGUGGUCAGUUCAGAUCGCGCUGGCUCUAUCAGAGUUUGGGCAGCAGAUAGUGGGACAUUGAUUCAAUCUGUUUGCGGACCCGGGCGAUGUUUUGCUGUUGCGUCCGAUAUGAGAUACGCGAUAUGCGGUGCUGGUGAUAACCAGAUGCGCAUGAUCAGUCUGGGCGCCGGACCCGAAGAGAAGCAUCAGGUGUCGCACUCACAGGAUAUCACGUGCCUGGUGGCAACGCCGGAUUCUCAGUACCUGAUUACCGGUUCUCGCGAUAUGAGUCUGAAGGUAUGGCAACUGGCCGGCGGUAAACUCUCCCAGGUGCUGGUCGGCCAUACGGAUCAUGUGACUUGCGUAGCGGUCGCAGUGCUUGACAAGUCUAUAGUGGUGUCUGGCUCCAGAGACGCCAAUUUGAUCGUCUGGGAUAUCAAUACUGGCGCCGACUUACAUACUCUCGUGGGUCAUUUGGGCUAUGUGACUUGCGUACGUCUCUCCGGCGACGGUACUCUGGCCGUUUCCGGAAGCGAGGAUAAAAGCCUCGUUGUCUGGGAUACCAAGAAGGGCACCCCGCUCAGUUCCAUCAUGCUACAUGUGCCGGUUUUAGGAGUCGAAAUGUCUACCGAUUGCUCCAGGAUGGCAGUACAUUUGCUGGAACACAAAUGCAUGCCUAUUCUGUGUCUGCAUAAUACUCCCGCGCAAUACGUCAAAUUGCCACCGUACGUGGCGCCGCGAGAUCUGAGACCACCAGGACCGAAGCGACCCGCAAAGAGAUUAUUAAAGAAAGAGGUGUCUUUAGAUACUUACACCUGGCAGCGAAAGUAUGGGCAUCUUACAUCAGGUAUCAUAGUCUCAAGUAUCGAGGAGCGAGUGAAACGUCGUUUUAGCGUGAGCGCGUCAAUGGAAGAGAUCAGCCAAGCAGGUUUAGCCGGUUCUCAACCUGGCCUAGGUCCUGAGCAGGCCGCUUUAGCACAAUCUCAACAUUUCGAAUCUCAACAUUUCGAUCAACUGGAGGCUCUUUGGAACAAGCAAUCACCGCCGCCAAGACCACGUGGCCUAGUCCGUACAUUAACGAAACAAAGCUCGCUUCAGGCUACACGAAUUUCCGACUCUGAGGAAGAAGAUAUACCGGAUUAAAUGGCAGAAUAUUUUCUAUCGACAAUCUUCGGUUGAUUGUCGAAUAUAUUUAAGCUACAAAAUGUCCUUCCGUGUCAUUUGAUGCAAUAAUAAAGAUAUACCAGAAGGUAAUAGACCAGAACAAAAUGCAAAA